AUGAAUCAAGACCACUCAAACUAUGGCGAUGAUAAAGACAACAAAGCCCAUAUCCGGGAACAUUUGAAAUCAUUAGCUGCUGAUGCCUCACAAGAGAUUCCAGACGACUUGAAAGAUGAAGACAUGAUUUACUACUUAUUCUUGAUCCACGAUGUGAAUGGAGAUGGCUUUUUGGAUGGACAUGAAUUAAGAGCAGCUUUUACGGAUUUCGGUGAUGAGCAUGAAGAUGCCACACAAUAUCUAUCGUUAGAGGAGGUAACAGAGAUGGUUGAUCAUGUAUUGGAAGAGGACGAUCUUGACGGAGAUGGACGCAUUAGUUGGUCAGAGUACCUUGAAUCACAAAGCUAUCACCAAGAUAAAUAA